AGUUACCACGGCGAGCGGCUGGCUGGCUGCAGUGUUUUGGUCAGCACUGGUCAGUCUUGCCCUACACGCUCUAUUAACCAGUGUUUCCGUCUUCCCGACACCUUCUUCCUGCACCAAGCACCGUCAAGUAUCACCAGAGAGGCACGAGUACGUAAGCUAUCCAAUAUCAGAACAGUAUAUGAAUAUGGCAAAUGCUGUUUUGACAUCAUUUCCUGCUAUCCUGAGAAACAGUGAUCUCGAGGAGCAUGAAUUGCAGCUGCAAUGGAAAUUGCGCAUCCAGCGCAAGUUUCAGAAUUCAAGAAAGAGGCAGGAUUCCUCAGUGACUGAGGUGAUGUCAAGGAAAAAGAAGAUCCCUUGCAUAUCGCCAAAAGAGACUACGUGUCCACUGAUGUAUGGAGUAAAGGCUUACCUUCCACCAAGGCCCCAUUCAGAAGAUGAUGAGUCAUUAGAGAGACAUAGACAGUGGCUUGCUCUACAUUGGAUGAAGAAAGAUCCCGAGUUAGAUAAGUGUGUUUUGGAAGGAGGAAGGGGUGGAGGGCACAGCAAGGCCAUCAUGCCUCCCCUCCUACAGCCCCGUCAGCUGCUGUGGUCCAGCAUUAGUGCAACAAGUAGCAUGGUGCUGACACAGGUUUUGACCAUGCCUGAUCAUGCCAAGGAAGCCAAGAUUCGUCUGCUACUGCACCAAGUGCUGCCACCAAUAUUGCUGCAAAAUGUGCUGAAUUGUGUCUUACACCAGUUGGCUGUGCACCAUCCACUGAGCACAUCUCCCUCUAUUAUCUCUUGCCUUCUGCGGAUACUUGCACACCCAAACAUCACCAAAUUGCAGCUGUCUGACCUGAGUUUUGCUGGUACAGUUGAGCUGGAGGCCUUGGACAAAGUUGAAUCAACCUUAAUUCAACUUCUCCCAUCAUUUGGCUGCCUCACCCACCUUGAUUUAUCUACUCAUGGACAGAAGGUGACCCUGCCUUCAUGCUCCUCAGGAGUACUGGAAGCAGUGGGACACUGCUGUCCAAAGUUAUUACUGCUUAAUCUUAACCACAAUAACAGAGUAACCUCAGAAGGGUUGUUGCACCUUUAUCCAGGUGAGCAACGACCAGGUUGUCUCAAGCUGGAGCAGAUCUUCAUUCAAGACUGUGGUGCUGAACCUGAGGAUGUGGCUAUGCUGUUGCAUUUUUUCCCAGCAUUGCGACUGGUUGGCUUUAGAGAGCUGGGAACAUCCCUGCAGAUACUACAUUCUCAACCUCGCUGGUUUAGGGGAAAGCGGCGCCGCAGGCCUCACCAUUACAGGUUGCAGUUAACACAUGUGGACAACACCUUGUCACGGGUACAGCGCUGUGAUGGGGAAAUUGUGGAUUUCCUGGUGGAAUCCUGCCCAGAUGUGGAGAACCUCAAGAUUCGUGUUUGUGAUGAAGAUGUGGGACAACUAGACAGGCUAGGACAGUUGCAGCACCUGGAACUGAGGUUCUACACAGGCAUCCACCAUCCUAUAGGCACCACUACUGUCAACUAUUUGACAGGACCUGGUGGUGCUGGUCUGGUCUCCCUUACAAUAUUCUGCCACCGCCUUCAUGCCUAUCAUGUGGCUACUAUUGCCAAGAGCUGUCCCAACUUGAUAAAGCUAUAUUUCUAUGCCAACAUGGCUGUAGCUGAUGUCUCGCUCUCUUCUCACAUCAAUAACAUGCAGAAAUUAGAGGUGCUUAGUUUACGUCUAGGACAUGAUGAGCUGACCAUGAGUCCCACUGCUUGUGAUUUGCUCCUCUUCCUUGUGAAGGGUGUCCACCACCUCCAGGAGUUGUACCUGUUGGUACGAUCCCUUGGGGUGACUCACAACUUCAUUGCAGCACUGCUUGCCACAAACUCACUUCCUUCUCUUAAGGUUUUCAUUGCUGAUGCACCAAGAAGGACUCUGGCAGCCCCUAUGCUGGAACUCAAUAUUGAAACAGCAUACCUGAUCAUCAACACAUGUCCCAACUUGCAGAUUCUUGGGAACCUCAUCUGUUGGAACAUUACUCCAGAAGAGGUUGCUGAGCUGCAGGCAAUGAAGCGACUGUGCAACUUUGACCUCACCAUCCUUUACAAACACUCAAACAAGAUCAAUGACAAGUUUGCUAACUAGUCGACCAACCAGCCCACCAGUCAGGCAGAGUUGAUCUUAACCAGUCCUGUAUUAAUCCAUGGCAGGACCCAAGGCUUCUAGCUCCUUAGGGCUCCCUCAGCAUCACCCGCUUCAACUGCCCCACUGAAGCACAUCACAUGCUUUUCUUGAGCCAUCCCUGACUGUGGAUCAAAACUUCACAUAAAUUGAUUGAACCUUGAAUUUUUUUUAUAUAUGUUUAUAGUUUAAUGCACCCUUAUUGUCUCUUGAAUCAAAGAGGAUUCCUAUAAAUUAAUAUCAGUGACACACAAAGUGCAAUUGCCAUCCAUAUCCAUAGUGUUAACAUUUAACACACUCACACCAAAAAAAAGUUGCAUGGGCCCCUGGUUUUGGUGGGCCCCAGGCCUCAGCCUAGUCAGCCUUAUGGAUAAUGCAGCACUGUUCCUCACAUCAGACUAGUAAGAAAACUACAAUCUCAGAAUAGCUGCAAGCUGUUGAAUGAAAGGGUUAUUAAUCAUACCUGAAACAAAAUGGUACAAAAAACAAGCCAUGCAAACUAUAUAUGCCAGAGAAGUAAUUAUUUAUAUAAAAACACACAUCAGUACUUAGCAUUUUAAAAUAACUUGCAGCAAAUUUAACAAAAGGUAGUUACAAGCAGUUGUGACAGGUGAUGGUGAUACAAGUAAUUUUACAAACUACACUUGCAAACAAUUAGGCAAGUGAUAAGGAUAUGAAAACUUAAAAAAGAUAUUGAUCAUUUAGCGAGGAUUGAUUAAGUAGAGGUAGGUACCCUUGAUAAAGUUAAAGGAAAUUAUAAAUAUUACUAAAAUCAUUCUAUAGACCCUACUCCCUUUGUGGAUGGUGCUAUCUUUGGCAACUUACAGAAUGGUUUAGAAAAUAUGACAUCUAUAUCUGGUGGAAGUUUAGUCAUCCAGAACCCAUGGGCAACCAACCACAUGCUCUGGUUAUUUAAAAUUUUCAGAGUUCAAGUCUCAAGAUGCAUUGUUUCAUUCUGUCAUCAUCUACCAGGCAUCAUGGUUGGCUGUUUGUUUUAUUAUACACAGUAAAUAGUGAUAAUGAGGUGUGAUUGUGAGACUGUAACUAUGUAAGGUUGAAGCCAUCCUGUUCAAACUACACCUUUUAAGUGCUGCAUUUUUCUGUACACAUCCUGUUCAAACUACAUCUUUUAGUGCCGCAUUUUUUUGUACAAUGUCAUUAAGAAUUAGCAAUGUCUUGUAGGGAAUCACCACCUUGUCUCAUUAACAGAGCUAUAAGAUGAAGUUAAGCAAGGUCAACAAAGACUUAUAACCAUUGUCUAGAGAGCUGUAAGGUCUUUAACCAUCAUGUCAACAGAGAGUAUGUUAUAAUAAAAUAUACUUUCUCACAUUAUUUUUGUACAAAGCUGUAUUUACCAUGAAGUAUUGUGAUAAUAAAUAUUAGUGUCUG